AUGGGUCUCCGAUUAAAAUUACGAAAGACAUUCUCCUCGUCUCAUAAGAAGACCAGAGACGAUAUACACAUACCUCCACCAGGCGAGACAUACUACACCGACCGCACAGAUAUAGAGUACUACAAGCCCCAUGAAAUCCCGCGGUCCAAGUACAGAGGCAAGGUCGAUCCCGAGCAUCAAGCCAGCCUUGCCGCUUUCAGCCUCGUCGACGCCUUCACGUCAGCCAGGCGGAGAUCAAGUCUCGCGCUGUCGGGAUCGUUCAGCCCCCGUGGCACCAAAUCACAAAGUCGAGCCACGAGCAGAGCACCAAGUCGAAUCCACAGCAGGGCACCGAGCAGGAUCCAGAGUAGAAUACACAGCAGAGCACCCAGCCGACGACCCUCACAUUCCGGGCUACGUACCGAAACUCACCUGGAGAGCCUGAGCUCCAGCGGAAGCACGUCCAGGGAGAAGAGCCUCAGCGCUAGCACGGCCCUGGACGUCGAGACUGCCAGUACAAGCAUAUUCGAUCACUCCACCGCCGUGUCCUCUGCUCCUGCAGAACGGGAUAUCAAGUACGGCGCACGCGCCGCGGGCUUGACGCAACACGAUAGCGGAAUAGCGAUGGACAUCCCCGAUAUUGUUCUGUCAAAACAGAUAACCGUACACGACACCCCUUUUACCGCGGAGGAACUGGAGCAAGCAAUGACGAGAGCGACUUUGAAGUCUCGAGAUUUCAGAAACGACGACGAGCCAAUGAUGAUGCAGAUGGGCCGACGGAGUGCGAUUGCGGCUUGA